AGUAAACAUGGUUUUUGCGGUUUUGAUGGCGAGCACUGCACCCCCGAAUGCCAGAACGAGGACAAGUCUCAGUGUGGUACAGUCGACCGCAAAACAUGUAGCGAGAGCACUGAUGCAAUGUCCGCCGAAGUUCGCACCGCCUACUACGGGGCAUGGAGCGCUGGCCGAUCGUGUGAUUCUAUGGAGCCUGAAAACAUUCCCGCUGGUGUGUUGACACACGUCAACGUAGCUUUUGAGUUCAUCACAGCUGAUCACGAGAUUACUGAUGAGGUCGGUGCUAUUGUGGGACGCGUCUCUCGUUUGAAAAACAUAUACCCUGGGCUCCGGGUCAAUGUUGCAAUCGGAGGAUGGGUAUUCAACGACCCACCCACGCAAACACGUUUCUCGGACAUGGCAUCCACAGUUCCGAACCGUCGGAAGUUCAUAGAGUCACUCAUCAGGUACAUUCAGAAGUACGCACUUGACGGUGUUGAUUUGGAUUGGGAAUAUCCUGUGGCUGACGACCGCGGCGGCACCCCACUAGAUUCUUCCAAUCUUGUGUUACUCGCCUCUGAGAUCAGAGAGGCCUUCGACACUUACGACCCAGGAUGGCAGCUAACACUUACACUGCCCGCCAGUUAUUGGUAUCUAAAAGGAUUCGACAUCAAGCGGCUUGAGGAACACGUGGAUUGGUUCAAUGUCAUGACUUACGAUAUCCACGGUCUUUGGGAUCAGGGUAACAUUUGGACUGGGCCUUAUCUCAAAGGUCAUACUAAUAUCACUGAGAUUGAGGACGGGCUCGAUCUUCUGUGGCGCAAUCACAUCAGUCCAGAUAAGGUGGUGAUGGGAUACGGGUUCUAUGGUCGCGGUUUCACCAUGACGGAUGUAAGCUGCUCCACGCCACCGAGCUGCACUUUUGAUGGUCCGGGCUUUGCGGGAGAUUGCACCAAUGAACCUGGAAUUCUUUCCUACAAUGGCAAGUCAAGCAUAACGCCGCUCUACUUUUUUACUGAUGUAUCGAUGCUCAGAGUACACUACGACGAGGCGUCUUCGGUCAAAUACAUGGUUUACGGUUCCAAUCAAUGGAUAUCAUACGACGAUGCGGAGUCUUUCGAGCGCAAAAAGAAGUACAUGUUUUCGCGCUGCCUAAAAGGACUCAUGAUCUGGGAGCUUGGUCUCGACACGGCCAACAAUGACGCGCUUGUAGGUCUCUUCGGAGAAGAAGCGGUCAAGGCCGGCAAACGUGACACUUCACUCAAUCCAGAGGAAAGAGACAAGCUUGCCUUCGAUCUAUCGGCCUUCACCGGUCAAAAUUGCUAUGUGGCCUCCGGGUGCACCGACGGAAAGAAAGAGGAAGGGAACAGCACGUGUGUCGCCGGAUACUCAGCUAUAGAGGUGGGCCACAGUCUUUUAUCCAUGGAUCAAGAUGUAACGUUUGCACUCUCCUGCGAAAAAGGCCAGUAUAAUCGUAUUUGCUGUCCAACGAAAGCCAUGCCUAAGAAUUGCGAAUGGAUUGGCGCACCAGAGCGCAGUGUAUUUGGAUGCAGUGGUGAAUGCGGUGCAUCCCAGUUCGAGCUGAAUAGGGACUAUUCCACUGAUCAAUGGGGGAAUGGCGAAUGCGGUUCAGGACAACGGAGAUUAUGCUGCGACUCAACAGAAGUCCUACGGAAGUGUAAAUGGACAGACUGCGAGUGGUCCUCGUCAGAAAACGGUAAUUGCAAAGACGACGAGGUGCAAGUCGCAAAGCGGUUUGAUACAGAUGACGGUGAGAACUGCAAGAUGCAAAGGGGUGAGGACUGUAAGUGGUCGAACGAUCCCGAAUACUUCAAAGGAAAGGGGGACGGCCACUUGUGGUCUUGUCCAAACUAUCCCAAUAAACCGGCCGACUAUUGCGACAAGUUAGGCGUAUGCAAAAACAGAAUGUGCUACAAAGGUUCGGUACGCAUAACCGAAGCAGGCUAUACCGAACCGGCUCACGAACUUGCUGCAUCAGACCCAGACUUCACGAGUUGCGCAUUGGGAGAAGACAAUCCUAAUAUGCCUUUUGGCUUGUGUUGUGCUCCACCAUCACGGUUCACGAAAGAUUGGCCGGUAAACCCUGCUUAUCUAUGGGCCAAAGCUUAUGCAGACAAAGAUGAUGAUGUGACUUGGGAAUGGGCAAACAACUUUGGAAACAAUCACGCAGACACUCAUCCUAACAAUCUAGAGGAUGACCCUGGAGACGAUCCAUACGGUUUUGUUAUGCUUGAUGGUCCUCCUGGAUCCAUCGCAAAGCAGUUUUCUAAGCAGUUUACUGUCGUGACGGACGACGAGCCUGUACAUGUCGUUCCGCGGUCUUUUGUCACGACCAACCAGACCCAGCUCGAUGCCACAUUCGACCACGCCGAGGAAGAUUUCCUCGUCUAUUGCAACUAUCCACAUAAUUCACCACAUUGCAACGAGGUCUUCUACAAAGGGGCCAUCGACACUAUCAUCAAGCUUCCUCACCAUGUCGGCGAUGGUCCAUGGGCAAGAAUCGUCUCGAUGGAGCCUGAAUACACACCAAAAGACCUCCCUGGAUGGGCCAUCAGAAAGCGAGCAUUUGACGGCGUUCCCCGGAAUGGUAUUUACCGAGUCAAAAUUGAUUACAACUUCAAUCUCAUCAGGCGAGACGAUGGCCCCGUCAACAUGCGUGUCGACUAUACGAACUUACAGGGCUACUGGGAUGAUGUGACCGAUGAGCCUGGCAGCACCAAACACAAGCCACAUCUAGGGCGUCGUUGGUGGGGCAAAUUCACCGCUUGGCUCGAAAAGCUGACCACCAUCACUAAAGAGGGUGCCGGAAAUCUUCCAAUGGGUCUGAGUAAAGUCUUUAACAUCUAUAGUGGCCGGCUUCAGUGCGCCAACCCUUCUGGUGUAACAAUUACUGCUGGGCUAGAUAUCACUGCCGAUGUGAGACUCCAGAUGGGUACUCGAUAUGCCUAUUACUUCUCCGGUACUGUAGUCCCACCCAACAUCAUCGACACGUACGUUUUCUUGGGUGCACAGCCAAGUAUCUCCUCUACCGUCGAGAUCCGAGGAAAUGCACAACUGGAGUAUGAGAGUGAAGUGAAGAAGCUUAUAAGCACCAUCACAUACCCCGGUCUUUCGAUCAAAGGCAUUGCGACUGUUGGACCGUCUCUUGAUCUUCUGGGGCAGAUCUACGGCAAGAUUACCGUAGCUGGAAACCUCAAGGUUGGAGCCAAAUACACCAUGGAUCCAAUCGAGAUGUAUAUGCCCAACGACGAUAAAACUCGCGAAAAGGCCAGUAACAAGGUUCAAUUCUCUAAAGAUGCUGGCUUGCAACCCAUUUUUGAGGCGGGAGUGCAAGCUACUAUUGGUCUACAACUCCGUGUCACACCACGAAUCAACUGCGGGAUCAGGGUUGGUGGAGACAUAGGAAUCCGAAAGGAGCCACUGGUUCUAGCUCAAGUCGCAGUUUACAUGAACACGACACUCUACUUCGAAGCGCACGUCACAGCCGAAACCACUGGCCUGACAAGCAAUUGGGAGUAUCGUUACAAAGUCGAACUUUGGUGGCGAAUU